AAACAAAAGAAAAAGAAAAGAAAAGAAAAGAAAACGAUCCCAAAGAGAAGAAGUUACUUUGAAUCCUCUUUUAUAUAUAGGGAGUUUUAACGAUGUGGGGAAAGAGUUCUCAAUCCACCAAUUGGUUACCAACUCAAAAGGAAUCAAUGGCGCCAGUGGGCUUGCCUCCAGGCUUUCGGUUCCAUCCCACCGACGAAGAGCUUGUCAACUACUAUCUCAAGAGGAAGAUCAGUGGCCAAGAAAUCGAGCUCGAUAUCAUUCCUGAGGUUGAUCUCUACAAAUGCGAGCCUUGGGAAUUAUCAGAAAAGUCAUUUCUGCCUAGUAGAGACCCAGAAUGGUACUUCUUCGGGCCACGAGAUAGAAAAUAUCCAAAUGGGUUUAGAACCAAUCGAGCUACAAGAGCAGGCUACUGGAAAUCAACUGGAAAAGACAGGAGAGUCUCGUCUCAAAACCGAGCCAUUGGGAUGAAGAAGACACUUGUUUACUACAGAGGCCGAGCACCUCAAGGCAUAAGGACCGACUGGGUCAUGCAUGAAUAUCGCCUAGACGAUAAAGACUAUGAGGACAACUCCGGCAUUCAGGAUUCUUACGCCUUGUGUAGAGUGUUCAAGAAAAAUGGAAUAUGUUCGGAAGUUGAAGAACAAGGUGGGCAAAGCAGUCUGUCAUUUAUGGAUCAUCACAACUCAAACUCAACAUCACAAACAUUAGUCAAUGAUUAUGAAACUUUGUCACCUGAUGUUCUGAUGGCAGCUUCAUCUUCUUGUGUGGAAGAAGAAGAGAAGGACGAUUCAUGGAUGCAAUUCAUUACAGAAGAUGCAUGGUGUGCUUCCAAUUCAUCAGCCAUUGGCCUUGACGAGCUUUCUCACCUGACAUUCACCAAUUGAAACCAUAUUGGUUGCUAAUAAUUUAUAGAUUUAAUGGUUGGUAUAUUUUUUUCCUUUUACUAUAAUAAUUAUUAAUACAUGUAUCUCUCUCUAUAUAUAAUACGAGUUGAUGGGAUUGGGAAGAAAGAGCGAGGAAAAAGAUGGUCACAUUUGUCAAUUUCCAUCUGUAGAUUAUGCGUUUUGGAUUGUGGGUUUGGUUGGUGACUUCUGUAGGGUCAAACUAAAUCAAGUAGAAUACAAGACUCUAUGGAAUAUAUUUUGGUUUCACCUUUUCUUGGUGAAUUAUCUGA